AUGCCUCGGCCGGGCCGCAACACGUACAGCGACCAGAAGCCGCCCUACUCCUACAUCUCGCUGACCGCCAUGGCCAUCCAGAGCUCGCCCGAGAAGAUGCUGCCGCUGAGCGAGAUCUACAAGUUCAUCAUGGACCGCUUCCCCUACUACCGGGAGAACACGCAGCGCUGGCAGAACAGCCUUCGCCACAAUCUCUCCUUCAACGACUGCUUCAUCAAGAUCCCGCGGCGGCCCGACCAGCCGGGCAAGGGCAGCUUCUGGGCGCUGCACCCCAGCUGCGGGGACAUGUUCGAGAACGGCAGUUUCCUGCGGCGCCGAAAGCGCUUCAAGGUGCUCAAGUCCGACCACCUGGCGCCCAGCAAGCCGGCCGACGCGGCGCAGUACCUGCAGCAGCAGGCCAAGCUGCGGCUCAGCGCGCUGGCCGCCUCCGGCACGCACCUGCCACAGAUGCCAGCCGCCGCCUACAACCUGGGCGGCGUGGCGCAGCCCUCCGGCUUCAAGCACCCCUUCGCCAUCGAGAACAUCAUCGCGCGGGAGUACAAGAUGCCCGGCGGCUUGGCCUUCUCCGCCAUGCAGCCGGUGCCCGCUGCCUAUCCGCUCCCCAACCAGUUGACUACCAUGGGCAGCUCGCUGGGCACCGGCUGGCCGCACGUGUACGGCUCCGCGGGCAUGAUUGACUCGGCCACCCCCAUCUCCAUGGCGAGCGGCGACUACAGCGCCUACGGAGUGCCGCUGAAGCCGCUGUGCCACGCGGCGGGCCAGACGCUGCCUGCCAUCCCGGUGCCCAUCAAGCCCACGCCGGCCGCCGUGCCCGCGCUGCCCGCGCUGCCCGCGCCCAUCCCCACCUUGCUGUCGAACUCGCCGCCCUCGCUCAGCCCCACGUCCUCGCAAACAGCCACCAGCCAAAGCAGCCCCGCCACGCCCAGCGAAACGCUCACCAGCCCGGCCAACACCUUGCACUCGGUGGCCGUGCACUGA